AUGACUCGCCAUCAGGAACUGUUUGCUCCCUCCUCUCGGGAAAGGCAUACUUGCAGCUCUUUGAAUGGUUUGCCCAUCAGUCGGACUAAUACCAGAAAGAAGCAGUUGCGACGCUCAGAUGAAGAAUACAGUACUCUCCAAAUGAAGCUUCAUCCUUUCGACGGACCAUUUUCAUAUGGAACCUUUCACAACGACGAAGAAUUCCCUGUUAAUAUGCGAAACGCUAUCUGCACAUCCAUCCCAUCUUUUGAGCUUACACGAUCUCCAGCACUCAUAUCUCGCAAAAGGCGAGCUCUGAGAAUACUGAAGAGCAGCUUGAAUGUUGACCUCGGACCUAGUCAUGCACUUGAAGUCACUUGUGACCAGUAUGAGAAGACAUUCCGAUACGAGUUCGAACUCCUAGAAAGGCUAUUGAGACAGACAUGGGCCGUUCAUAUAUCAAACGGCAACCUGGGAGUGCGCAUCGACUCAUCAAUCUUCUCCCAGUUACAAGCUGCACUACAACGGCGAAAGCGGGAAGCCAGCCAUUCACUUGUUAUACACAAGAUAGAUCUUAAUUGUCCUACUUGGGGCCAGGAUAUCCGCCUUUUUAUGACAGAGAAUGACUUCGAAUUGUACGCCCUCUGUUAUCGGGUAUCUGUUGAGCAUUUUCUGGCAGAAAUGGAUAAUCAGCACGAUUGGGAAACCGGAAAACCUUGGCCCACACUUGACGAAUGGAGAAAGCAUGGCCGAAAUCUGACUCACUCAAUGCAGACGGUAGCAGAGAAAUCAGAACAACUGAAACCCUCAGCCGUCGGACACCAUCCUCAAAGCAAAGUGAGCGAAUCCUUAUUCUCACUCAAGCAUAGCCCCGUUCAACCAUCAGCGAAGAUGCGGGAAAUGGGAUUCCUGGAUAGUCCUUGCAAAAUAUCCAUGAAGGGCGAGACUGAAAGUAAACACCGGCCACAAUCUCGACAAUCGGCUAGCGGUCCCAACUUCAAUGAUGAGACUUCUGGUGGUCAUAAUAGCAAUAGGGAAUCGAAGGAUCUACCUUCCUCUUGGCGAUACACAGGGCUAAGCCUUGAAACCGAAGACAAUCAAUUUGUUGCUUCGAGUAAAUCAGCUCUGACCCUUUCAUCUGCGUAUUUCCAACGACCUGCAAGCCGUACUGUUGGUCCUUGUGACUUGAAUGCAAUGGCUGCGAAGGAAACCAAGCCUGAGGUUGCUCCUCACAAGUCUCACUUAUAUACAGAUCUGCGAAGAGAUGAUGGUCACUCAGGAAAUGUACGAGACGUGAAUCCGACUCAUCUGCCUAUGAAACCUCAGCCACCUAAAGGUCUCGCUAACAGAUCUCUUGAAAUAUCCCUCACAACUUCGACGCCUCCUCCCAUGCUGAAGGUUCCUUCCGCCAUUGGUUCGAAGCCGUCGAAAGGGGGAGUGAAUCAGUGUAUAUUUCCAGAAGGAAUUGUGGCUCAGGCACAGAAGAGUGAGACGGAAGCUACAAAGGAUGAUAACCAUACCAUACUGAAAAGAUCGACACCUACGGGUCAAACUGCGAACUCCCGUUCAACUAUGAACCGUAUCGAUGAGCCAGGAGACGUUUCAUUCAAGGACAUAAUGAGGGACGAAGGACGGCCUCAAUCCCAGCAUAAUCAUGAAUCUGCCAACAUUCCCGAGCUCGGCAACGAGACUUCCAAUCGUCGUAAUACUAGCAACUGUAAUCUGGAGGAUGUGCCUUCCUCUCUGAGAUAUACAGGACGAAAUCUCCAAACCGAAGACAAUCAAUUUGUUACUUCGAGUAAGUCAGCAUCGGCACACCUUCAAUCGGCUGCGAGCCACACCUCCGGUACUUGCAACCUCGCCGCAGUAGCUGCCAUGGAAAUCAAGCCGGCAACUGCACAUCAUGAUUCUCAGCUGCAUACAGAACUGCAAAAUGACAGUCAGUCAGCGAAAUCAUGCAACGCAAUCCCAACUCACCUGCCUCCUAGACCUAAUUUCCGGCCACCUACAGGCCCCGGUAACGGAUCUCUUGAUACCUCCCUCGUAUGUUCAACAAAUGUUCCCACGAGCAUUACCAUGUCGAAACCUCAUCUUGCUGCCGGAUUCAAACCAUCGAAAGGAGAACAAAACCAGUACAUACUUCCGGAAGCCGAUACGACUCGAGCACAGCAGAGCAAGAGGGAUGCUAUGAAAGAACGGAACUGUAUGGCACCGAAAACACCGAAACCCGUGUGCCAGAUAGUCGAUUCCAUGGAGGGGAAACUCAUUGUAGCCCGAGCCGGAAAAGAGAAGAGGCUAAGUCGAAAAAUGAGACGGGCUUUAGAAAGAGAACAGAAAACGCGCAGGGAGCCAGAAGCAGCAUUCUCAGAAGUCUCGGUAACUGGACAGGAGUCAACUGAACGGCUCGGAGAUACCACACCAGGUGUUGCGCUGCCGGAUAUUGAUCCAUGUGAUGGCAUAGUUGAACAACAUAAUGACAAGACAUCGGAAUCGAAAGCAAGAAGGAUAAUUGUGGAAAAAGCAGCUUCCACAAGUAGCAAAAUAUGUGAGUCGGAAGGAAACCAGCACGUCGGGCCAAUAAGGGGACUUGAAGAUCAGAUUUGGGAUCCGGGUUUAAACAUGCGAUGCGAGGUCCAAAUCAGGAUCACAUUGAAUAUCAACGAAGGAAAGAACGAAGGAACAUCGAAUCAAUGCCAGAACCUAGACGCAAUCUCGAGAGUAAAUGGAUUAAUCGCGGAAUCGACGAGACGGCGAUAUCAAGGGGCCCAUCAUCAAUAUCAUCCCUAUUUUGGAAAGGGUUCCCAGGAACCGGCACACGCCGAUUCCCAACUUCGCCGCAUGAAGUCUUGGCCCUCUUGGGCUCCCUCUAAUCGCAUGUCACCCGAACGACAUCCUGACGUCUCUGGCGACAGAAACCAUUUCGAAGUUACUGUAAAAGUUGACUCACGACAUUUAUCCGCAGAUUCACUUGCAGUGCCAGAUCAAGCUCAAAAUGCGAAUUUCAACCUAAUCCUUGACUCAUCUGGCAGCGAGAAGGUGUGGGAUAAUCUUUACUUCCAUGUGUUCGAAGUUACAGUUGUGACCGACAACCACGGAACAUUCAAAUCCAUAAGACUGGGGGGGCUGUUAUGGAUAUUGGGUAUCCGUUGA